AUGGACACACAACUUAAUGAGGAAGACAAAACCACUCUGCUGCAAUGGAUAGGCGUAGAGGCUCCGCUUUCGUUAUUAUACAAGAUGAGUCGUGAUGGAUGUAAUCCAUGGACGUUUCAUACCAAAUGCGACUGUAAAGGUCCAACUAUAACCGUCAUGUACAAUGGCAACAACACUGUGUAUGGGGGAUACACUUCACAAAACUGGAACAGCUCAAGUAAUGGCUAUUUUGCGUGGGACCAAAGGGCCUUUCUUUUCAAGUUGCGAUACAACGGGAAAUCUGUCGCGAAAAAAUAUCCAAUCAAAGCAGACAAAUGUGGAUAUGCAAUAUAUUGCAGAAACAAUUACGGACCAUCAUUUGGUGAGUCGCAUGAUUUGCCAUAUUUCGAAAAAGACAUAAGCGCUUCUAAUGGAGUUUACCAACUAAAUAGAUGUAAUUACGGCAAUGAUUCUACAACUUAUAUCAUGGGAGGAGACGAGGAGGAGGCCAUUUAUAAUAACGAGGCUUCUGUCCGAGAUCUAGAAUACUGUCAGGAACUGAAGGAAUACGUUCAGAACUUUUGUCCCUACGAGAAGACUAGUGUUGACAAAGCGAAGAUUCUUCUACUGGGAGAAGUUGGAUCUGGAAAGUCUAGUUUCUUCAACACAGUAAAUUCCAUCUUUGCUGGUUUUGUGACAUUCCAAGCUAUUUCUGGUUCAGCACAAAAAAGUCUUACUAAUACGUUUCGAACUUAUCACAUCCGUGAUGGAAAAGCAGGGAAAAUGCUGAAUUUUAAACUAUGUGACACCAAAGGACUUGAGAAAGAGGGUGGAAUAGAUCCACAUGAUUUUCUUUACAUACUGGACGGAAACAUGCCAGACAAACACAUGUUAAAUCCAGACUUGCCUCUAAGUCCUGAAACUCAGGGAUUUGUGAAGUCUCCAUCUGCUAAGGAUAAAAUUCAUUUAGUUGCUAUUGUGAUCGAUGCAACAAUUGUCGACGUGAUGACAGAGGAAAGCAUUGAAACUAUCAAAAGCUUUCAAAAGAAACUGUAUCAGAGAGGUAUGAUUUCACUUUAA